AUGGAAGAUGAACUCAAAAAGUUGACUUACAGAUGUAAACAGACAGGAAACGCUAUCAUACAAGGGAAAACUCUACCACCGGAAGACAAGGUUAUCAUUGUACUGGAUGACAGUGAUGAAGAUUUGCAUGCAAAAUACAAAUUCCCACUUGAAACCUCCACAACACACGAAAACGGUUUCAAGACAAACCAACCUUGCAGCCCUCUACCUGGAACGAGCCACGAUGAUCUUCACACCAAAAAGGAUGACAUUCAGCUCAUCAAUACUUGUAUUGUUAACCCAAACAGUAUUGAUUCACAGCCUUCUCAUCUACAAAGUGAUGUGGACAAGAGAGAGGAUAGCAACAUUGCACAAUUGCCUGCUCCCCUCCACGUUCCUGAAGAAGCGGGAGGUGGUAAAGCUUCUGAUUCUCACGAUGAUGAGCGUGAAUCAAUUACUAAUGUAGCCCAAUUCGGUCAGUCUGAAGAUCCAUCCAACAAACCACGGUCUGCUCCUAGCCCUAGUGAAUCUGCUCGAUCUCAAAACGGAAUUACGAACCAGAACCAGUCUGCUCCUAGCCUCAGUCAAUCUGAUCAAUUUCAAAAUGGAACCGAGAACCAGUCCACUACUAGCCUCAUUCGAUCUUCUCAAUCUCAAAAUGCGAUGGACUCUCAGUCUGCUUUGACCGUAGUUCAGUCUGAAGAUGUUACUUGUGCCGUACAUCAGACCCCAGCCUCUCCAACUGUUAUCAACAAAACCAAUUCAGCCCAGGAAAUGAUAAAUGAGGAGUCGGCUUCAACUCGUAUCAUUGAUAAAACAUCUGGGUCUGCAAAUAUAGGCGAACAUCCCCAGACUAUCCAGGAUCCUAUUAAACCAACAGGAAAUACAAAUAGUCCCAGGAAUUUGAGGACAAGGAAACAAACAAAUAUAGCAGUUGUGAUACCGAAGUAUCCUGAUUGUAAUAAGAAGUCUCAGCCUUCGAAACCGUAUGAAUUGCAAAAGAAAGUACAAGAUUUCAAAAAAAGCAGUCAGAAAGCGAUUGAAUUUGAAGCCAAAGGCAACAAUUUCAAGUUUUUUUUAGGAUCGGAUCAAAUGGAAAAGGAGUUGACUGAAAUCUUGCUACCAUAUAGCGGCAAUCAAACAAGUAGAACUGCAAAGCUUGCUGCGUGGAAAGCUUUGACUGCUUUAUUAGAACGAAGGCAAGUGGGGGAACCAUUGGAUCAGGUCUUCUUGGACUCUUUUGAUUGUGGGACAGACCAUGUGGUGAUCAGGACACAAUUCAAUGCUCAAAAAUGGUUUGAAGCAAUACAACAUAACAUGCCUAGACUUUUCAACUCUCACCCUGGGGAGCCUGCAUACUCAGAUGGCUUCUUCAACACCUCCGUAUUGAUAAACAAAACAUUGGCAGAUAAAGUUCCUAAGAGUGUAUUACCAGUUUGGCAUCACACCUGGCGAUCGAUGCGGAUGUCGGUUUGCCCUUCAGCAAAGAAAGUGACCGUUUUCCUGAAGAUAUUAUUGGAUUGUGUUCUCCUCACUGGAAAAGCUUUCCUCAAACGGCCUCCUCGAUCUGAAACAGAGAAGGCUAUGACUGGGGUGGAAGCGGUCUGCCAGGCAAUUCAAUGGCUGAAUUCACAAAAGACUUCAAAAGUAAACAACAAUAAAAUCACACCACUUCUCGAUGCAAACAACCUUGAGCUCUUAGUUGACGUUGGUCUGAUUCAAGAGUGGCAGGAUGUCUUUCUCAAGGUGCUUGAUUCUUAUGUCGUCCAAUACUUUGAAGCCAAGUACAUUCUGAAUGAAGACGCAAGAUCUGAAGAUAGAGAAAUCGCAAUCCGCUUCAAGAAAGAAUAG